UUGGAGACCAAACUAUCAAAUGUACAUUUCUAUGUAUCCACUGUGGUUCCUCGGCUUCAUCAUCAUAACCUUGGUCUCUUUAUCAUCAUCAACAAUAUGGUAUGAUGAUCAUAUGAUAGAGAUAAAUACCCAAGAAAUUUUCAGUUUUCCAAAAGACUUCCUCUUUGGCACUGCUUCUUCUGCUUACCAGUAUGAAGGAGCUUACUUAGCCGACGGAAAAUCACUAAGCAAUUGGGACGUCUUCACAAGUAUCCCUGGAAAUAUCGCAGAUGGAACCCAUGGAAGAGUAGCUGUUGAUCAUUACAAUCGAUAUCCGGAAGAUUUGGAUCUGAUGAAAGACCUUGGAGUUAAUAGCUAUAGGUUUUCUUUAUCAUGGCCUCGGAUUCUUCCAAAUGGAAGGUUUGGAGAUGUGAACAUGAAAGGUAUUGAUCAUUACAACAGAAUGAUAAAUGCUAUUCUCGAAAAAGGGAUGGAGCCAUUUGUUACUUUGACGCAUUAUGACAUUCCUCAAGAACUCGAGCUUAGAUACGGAAGUUGGCUUGACCCUCAAGUCCGGGAAGACUUCGAACACUACGCAGGGAUUUGCUUCCGGUACUUUGGGGACAGAGUUAAGUUCUGGACUACGUUCAACGAACCAAACGUUCAAGUGAUUUUGGGUUACCGGAAAGGGACAUACCCGCCAUCACGUUGUUCCAAGACUUUUGCAAACUGCACACGUGGCGGUUCCGACAUAGAGCCACUUGUCGCUGCUCACAACAUUAUCCGGUCACAUCUAGCCGCGGUCAAUUUAUACCGGACCAAAUUUCAGGAAGGCCAAAAGGGAAAGAUUGGUAUUGUUAUGAACACAGUCUGGUUUGAACCGGUUAGUGAUUCUUUAGCAGAUAGAUUAGCUGCUGAGAGAGCACAAGCUUUCUACUUGACUUGGUUCUUGGACCCGGUUGUGUUUGGAAGAUAUCCAAAAGAAAUGAAAGAUAUUCUUGGAGAAGAUCUUCCUAAAUUCACAAAGGAUGAUCUAAAAAGCUCUAAGAAUGGAUUGGACUUCAUUGGGAUUAACCAGUACACAAGCAGGUACGCGAAAGAUUGUCUUCAUACCACAUGUGAACCGGGCCAAGGAGGCUCAAGAGCUGAAGGUUUUGUCUAUUCAAACGCUCUUAAACACGGUUUACCUUUAGGAGAACCGAGUGGAGUAAGUUGGCUUAAUGUCUAUCCUCAAGGAAUGGAAGAGAUGUUGAUGUAUGCAACAAAGCGGUAUAGAAAUAUUCCAUUGUACGUUACAGAAAAUGGUUUUGGUGAGAACAAUACAGGAAUACUGUUAAACGAUCACCGUAGAGUAAAUUUUAUGAGUAACUAUUUAGAUGCGCUCAAAAAGGCAAUGAGGAAAGGAGCAGAUGUAAGAGGAUACUUUACCUGGUCUUUACUUGACAACUUCGAGUGGAUAUCCGGUUAUACCAUAAGGUUUGGUAUGUACCACGUUGAUUUUAAUACUCUAGAGAGAACCCCACGACUAUCAGCUUCUUGGUACAAGAACUUUAUUUUCAAGAAUGUAGGUCAAUCGAAAGAUGAUGAUGAUGAUGCAUGAAACAUAAGGAAGAUCCAUGUUGUUGUAUUUCUUGUUUGAUAAUUUGACAAGUCAAAAAUGUAAUGUAAAAUAGAGCUGUGAAACAGUUCCAAUAAACCAGACAUUUUCGAUGCUUAUAAGUUAUAAGAAAACUAUUCAUGAUGCAUGAAUAUGAUAUAUA